GGGAAUUAAUUUACUGCAGGUAAAUGGAAUGUCUUUUCCUCCCUAGUCGAGACAACCGAACCCCCAAGCGAUUUUUUCAUUUAUUAAAAACCAGCACAAAAAAUACCCAAUUCCCCAUUCCCAAGCACUUCUUCACUGAACAAAGGGCAGCCAAAAAAACCGUAAAAAGCAGUCCGCCACAAAAACUGACCCCGAAACAAACCAAGGAAGAAAACCCCCUCAAAAACCCAUUUUCGCGCUUUCUCCUCUUCGGGGCAGCAGAAAUACGACAGAAUGGAAAGGGGCCGUUCCAUGAAGUCCACCUUCCGGUUCCGGGGAAACCCUGAUUGAUGCUUUAUGCCGUCAAUGAUGCCCGCUGGAAUGCGGUGCUAAAAACAUUUUCCCGCUCGCUGGGGCUUCCUCGAGCUCCUCGACCAAUGAAUGGUGGCGUUGUGGUUGCUAGGGGGAAGUUGAAUGUGGGUCACUUGGUUGCUAUGGGAAGUUUCGCGAUGCUUUCCUUGGGUGGGCAUGAUGUGCGCGGCGGCUGGGCAAGGCGAGGGAGGUCUGGGGCGCCUUCGGGAAGAGCGUCGCCGGAAGCGAUGGGUGAAGGCAUUUGAGGCUUGUGAUGAAGGCAAGAAAGGGUACUUAAACAGAGAGGACUACAAAGUUGCUGUAGUGAUGCUGUUUGGCUAUAAGCCCUCAAAGAUGGAAGUAGAUUCCGUCAUGGCCUCUGUGCAGCAAAGCCAAUCAGGUAUAUCUCUUGACAAGUUUCUCAAUGUUAUGAGCACAAAGAAGACCGCACAGUUCUACCAUAGUGAAGCAAGACAUCUCUUCACAGCCUUUGACAUGCAAUGUAAAGGAUUUUUAUCGCUGGAAGAUUUCAGAAGAGCCUUCAGAAUUGUUGCACCAAAGUUGCCAGAGAGAACCGUAGUUGAAGCAUUCAGGGAAGUUGAUCAGGAUUCUGAUGGCCAUAUUAGCUUCAAAGAGUUUGAAUCAGCAAUGAACUAUGGACAAGAUAAUUUGUCGGCACUUCCAUUUACCUGAAGUGCAUUUUCUGAGGGAAACGGCACAAUAAAACUUCCACACCUAAGAUAUUCUAACAUCUACAGAGCAUUUUGCUUCCAAAAGAGUUUUUAAUUCAUCUACGAAGCUGUUGAAAACUAUCUUUCAAAACCUAUCUGUUGUGACAACUCCAUAAAAUUACUGUUUAUGUGCAUUCAUAUUGACCUGCUCUGUAGACUUCAAUAUGUAUAUUUCUGUUUUCACAAUAAAUCAUUUUAGUGAAA